GGCUAGCUAACACUAAAGGCAACUCUCUGUUCUUCAUUUCUUCACUUCCUUUCCUUUGUUCUUCAUGACUGUUAGCAAUCCUUGAGUUCCAUUCUUCUGCUCUGAUAUUCUUCCUAGCUUCCAUAUUCAUUCUGGGAGUUCUGGCUUCUCAAGCCAUGGCACGCUCUGCCCCUCACGAGGCCGCCAUGCGCCUUAGGCACGAGCAAUGGAUGGCUCGUUAUGGGCGAGUUUACGGGAGUGCCAACGAGAAGGAGGCACGGUACCAGAUAUUCAAGGACAAUGCAGCCCUCGUCGACUCGUUCAAUGUUGCCGGGGGCAAGCCUUACAAGCUAGGUACCAACCAAUUUGCGGAUCUAACAAACGAGGAGUUCAGAGCAACUAGGAACAGGUUCAAGGGUCACAUGUGUUCCACGCAACAAGGACCCUUCAGGUAUGAGAACGUGACUGCAGUGCCGACCACCAUGGAUUGGAGGAAGAAGGGAGCCGUCACUCCGAUCAAAGAUCAAGGCCAGUGUGGAAGUUGUUGGGCAUUUUCGGUGGUGGGGGCCAUGGAAGGGAUCACUCAACUCAGUACUGGAAAAUUGGUAUCCCUUUCGGAGCAAGAAUUGGUUGACUGCGACACCAAAGGAGAGGACCAGGGUUGCAGCGGCGGGUUGAUGGAUGAUGCUUUCAAAUUCAUCAUCGCGAACAAGGGUUUGACCACUGAGGCCAAUUACCCAUACAGUGCUGCCGAUGGAUCCUGCAGUGCUAGCAAAGGAAGCAACCACGCAGCUACAAUCAAUGGGUAUGAAGAUGUACCGACCAACAGCGAAUCCGCAUUGCUGAAGGCGGUAGCUAGUCAACCGAUUUCCGUGGCAAUUGAUGCAAGUGAUUCCUCGUUCCAGCUCUACGAGAGCGGGAUCUUCACCGGAGAAUGUGGGACUGAACUUGACCAUGGAGUGACCGCUGUCGGAUAUGGUGAGAGCGGUGGAAUGAAGUACUGGUUAAUCAAGAACUCCUGGGGAGCUCAAUGGGGAGAAGAAGGAUACAUCCGAAUGCAAAGAGAUAUUCCUGCCAAGGAAGGCAUAUGUGGCAUUGCAAUGCAAGCUUCUUACCCCCACCGCCUAAAAUCAAAGCUUCUACUCAGCAUGCAUGCAGACAGUGGCGGAGCUGUUCAGGCAGAUGGGGGGUGCGUGCAGCCCCCUUGGAUGGGCAGAAAAAAUUCAGGAAUAUGGGUCAUACUCAAUACUCAUUAGAGUUUUGAACCACUCACCUAUCAGACUAGUGCCACUUGCUUCACCAUUCAGCCGGGCAGGUUCUUUGUUUUAAUGUUGAUGUAAUUAAUUUAUGUAAAAUUAAAAAUACAACUAAAAAUGCUUGUAGUUCCAACAUACCCUAUCAUUUUAUUUACGGUCUGCACACACACUCAACAACAUAGAUACGUUAUUAUUUGUCAUAUAAUAAAAUUGGUUUUGGUAU